UGAAGCGUCCUGAUAAUGAAUCAAAGAAUUUCAAAACGAGCAAAGCACUAAGAUCACAAUCGCAGCAGCAGCAGCAUCAGAUGAUUAAUGCAAAAAUGGACUGGACGAAGCCGGACGAGGUAAUGAAAUUGUUCAACUUCAAACUGCGCAAAAACGCGCUCCAGGCGAGGUUCACAGGUACGAGCAUCGGUGAGUCGCAGUCCCAGUCUUUUAAUUCGAGCAGCGAAUUUUCACCAACCAGCCACGUGAUGAGCCUCAGUCAGCCAGUCACGAGGAAGCGAAAGAAUCCUUUUCUCAAGAAUGAUCUGGAAAAGAAGCUCAAAGAGUCGUCCCUCGAUCUCGAUAGUACGGACAGUACCUUUGAACUUUUAAAUUUCCACACCAACAGCAAUUUAAAGAUCGACAAGAACAAGGCCAAUGAGCUGCUGGACACCUGUCUCAAACUCAAAGAGGCCAAAGUUGUUGCAGUUAUGCAUACAGUCCCUGCCUAUGAAGAGCCCAAAGGGAAAAAGUACAUGCCAAUCGAUUGGACACUAAAGAGUAAGUUUAAAAUCAUGUCUCCUAAGCCAUUUGCCUGGAAUGUCAAAUUGAAAGCUAGCGAAGAGGCUUCUGGAACAACAGGCUUUGUCAGGAGGCUGGAUAUUGGAGAAACAGGAACAAAUCUGGACACUAGCCCCAAUGCCAGAUUCCAUCAGUGCUGUUUGGUGUGGCAGCAUCCUUCUAUACCUUGGAUGGAACUCUUUCCAAGAUCUCAGAGCAAAAUGAACGUGGCUACCAGCGACGUUGUGGCUUUGACUCAGCCCAUGAAAGAUGCACUGUUUAAAGACUGGUGCAAUAGUUUUAGAUCGUUGUUUCAUUUAGUGCGAGUGCGCCAGUGUCCUUACUUUUACGCUUGUAAUAAUAAUUUUACGGUACUCUUCAGAGCUGCUGGUAUCUGUGGUAUUUCUGAGGUGCAAGCACUACUAACACCCAGUACAAGAGGAUUGAGAGAAGCAAUUAAUAACGAAGGAAUUAAAUUCUACAUGCCAUUAAAAGCAAAACCAAAAAAGACUACAUCCUCAGAAAUUAACGAGCUCAAUGGUGUCGCAGAGGAUGACGAGGAAAAUGAUAAGUGGCUAAAAAGUGUAGGUAUCGAAGAAUCCGAGAUUCGGAGAAUAACUGUUUCACAGGUGAAAAAUCAACUUGGACGUGAGUGUGAUCUCGACAACAUGCACGAAUCGUUGAUAUUUGUAAAAGGUAUGGAAGUGCAAGCUCUAUUUAACUUUUUAAUUAACUGUAAGACAAUUGUGACAAGCUGUGGACCUUAUUCCUGUGUACCUCCAACUCUUUUGUCACCUGUUGCAUUUCACGGUGCCACGUUAAAGCCGUUGAAAGUGAAAGACAGUGUCGUAAGCAAUGGUACGGAAAAGUUUUAUUCGCUAGAGCUGACGGGGCCCAUUCUUCCUGAAGUUUUACCAACACUAUGUUCACUUAUGAUAAAGGAUCAGGUGGAAAAAUUUUCCGUCAGCUGUGCUCAAUUGAACAACACAAAAGCGUUUACAUUGGCUAAGCAUGGGAUAGAGAUAGAGGAGGAAGAAAAAUUACCACAGAGUGUGUUUGGACUUGAGAAUUUAACUGACUGUGGAUUUAAUAAGCAUAUACUCAGUCAUUUUUGUAAUCCCGACCCAGACAGAAUUCAAAAUUUUGAAAGCCUAACUUGUACUGAUUCAUUGUAUACCUGGUCCUAAAAAGGCUGAUUACACAUAAUUUUUCAACUGUUUAUUGCAAAUAUUAUUUUAAAUGACUGAAAAAAAUGUACUUGAUUACAAAACAUUGUCAAGUCCAUGAAUUUCACACCACUGAUCUUUUAAAAUUAAGUUUUAGCU